AUAUUUAAAUAUAAAGUGAUAAAUUCUGCUUGGUUUACGCAGUCAAUCUGCUAUCAUAUUCUGCCGAGCAGGUUUUAUAUUUUCACUGGCAUUCUGCCGACAAAAUUUGCAGCAGACGUUGCGUAAAAUCUAUUUUUCACGGAAGUUUGGCUAUCUGAAAUAGAUUUUUAAUUUAUCAUUAUACUGUGGUUUUUAUUGGAUAAUUAUGGAUGAUUAUCCACAGAGAUUUCUGACUACUCUAAUAUCCAACCACGUCGAUUUCCAGCUGUUGCGGCGAGCCUUGAUUAAUCCACCGCGCAUCCGGGAGGAACGUCUUUGUUUCAUCGCCUACGACAUAUCCCCGAGCUCCAUGUUCGCGUAUUCCCGUUGAGAAUGGAUCCAUUUGGCAACAGAAGGCCGAUCGCUUACUUGACGCGGAAGGCGCAGAUAUCCUGUUGCCAUCGCCUGAACAGCCUGUCCCUAAGUGAUGAAGAGAAUAAACGUGUGUUCGGAAAAUGCAACAACAAGCAUGGCCAUGGUCACAAUUAUACCGUGGAAGUAACCGUCCGUGGACCCGUGGAUUCAUCCACAGGGAUGGUUAUGAACUUGGAGGACCUGAAAGACUGUAUGCAAAAGGUGCUGAUGGAUCAGAUGGAUCAUAAAAAUAUAGACAAGCAAGUAGAUUACUUCAGAGACACUGUCUCAACGACCGAGAACGUCGCUGUUUAUAUAUUCGAUGAGCUAAAGACGCACAUGUCGAACCCCGAAUUGCUGUAUGAAGUUAAGGUCCAUGAAACUGAUAAGAAUGUCAUGUGUUUUAGAGGGGAAUACGAUUAAACUACAUUUCCUUAA